UUAUAACGUUAUUGAUGAAUGUCAUCAAAAUAAAAUUAAUGAUAAAAUAAACAAUUUCUUAGCAGAUAAUCAUCAAGAAGAUAUCAAUAUAGGUUAUGCUGAUGCAACACGUAAUCAUGGAUGUUGUUAUGAAAAUAGAUUUGAGACCAAAAGGAAGGUUAUUAUAGAUCUGAAAUUUGAUGAUCAUACUCUGUUAAAGAAUAAGAGACCCAAAAAUGAUCUUGGAGAUUGUAGUGUGGAGAUUACUAGUGAAAAAAAUAAU